AUGCCUGCCUCUCCUGCUUCCGGUCCUGCUUUCGGCCAAAUCGAUAUGGUCGAGACGCGUGCUUCGGCUCGUGUCGUGGUCACCAUCAACGCUUUCGGCGCCCGCCUCGGCGACAACGAAGCCCAAAUCGCCGCCACCGCCACCCGCAUCACCAACCUCGUCGAGGCGUGGAAAGCCGAAGAGAGUGCGCGCGCCAACGCUCCUCCUGCUCCAGACCGCCUCUUCCCUGCUCCUCCUUCCGGCCGCGACUUUCUCGAUCAGCGCAAUAGGCGCAGAGCCAUCGUCCACCACCUCCACCUCUACGAUGCGCUCCUCCAAUUCCGCCGCGACACCAUCAACGAGUUCCGUUCCUGGGUGGACUCGUCCACCAGAGACCUCAACCUGGUCCACAUUGAUACCUUGCUGCGUGCAGAGGAUUUGGCGAGUGAGGGGGAGAGAUACCUGGAGGAGCGCGUCGAAGCCCGCAAGGGCAAUGCGGAGUGGUGUUCGUUCCUUGCUGCUGGUUUGGAAUAA